CUCCUUUUAAGGGAGUUCAUUAGCCAAGAACUCCAAAGUUAAGCGUGCUUGCACGGGAGUAGUCUUGGGAUGGGUGACCCCCUGGGAAGUUUCUCAGGGCGCGCACGAGUGAGGACAAAGUGCGCGGAAAAGGCUAGUGGCGGUUUGUGAGGACAGUACUAAAGGUCAGAAGUAACUACCUCGGGACCUACGAGGGCCGGGGUGUUACAAGAAGGCCCCUGGUCGGCCAGCCGUCAACUACGCCCCCGUCAGCACUGCAAUUCCAUUCUCUAGAUGGGGGAUUGACCUGGUCGGCCCCCUGCCCAGAGCCGCCGGGAACAACCGCUACAUCAUCGUCGUCGUCGACUACUUCACCAAGUGGGUCGAGGCGGAACCCCUGGCCAGCAUCACGGGGGCUAGAUGCCAAAAAUUUGUCUACAAAAACAUCAUCACACGCUUCGGCGUCCCCCAGGAGAUUAUAUCAGACAACGGCACCCAAUUCGAGGCAGCCCCUUUUCAGGAGCUCCUCCGGGAGUUUGGGGUGAAGCAUCGUUUCUCCUCCGUUGCCUACCCUCAGGGCAACGGGCAGGUCGAGAACGCCAACAGGACAAUCAUGGAGGGGCUGAAGAAGAAACUCAAGGCCGCAGGAAGUAGUUGGGUCGACGAGCUCCCCAACAUCCUGUGGUGCUACAGAACCACGCCGAGGAGGGCGACAGGUGAAACGCCUUUCGCCCUGUGUUACGGCUUUGAGGCAAAGGCACCUACGGAAGUUGCCAUCCCCAGCCGACGGGUGGAACAGUACGAGCCUGACGCCAACGAAGAAAAUAUGAAGAUCGACCUACACUUGGUCGACGAGAGGCGUGAGCAAGCUUACGUCCGAGAAGAGAACUACCGACGUCAAGUAAAAUCAUACUAUGAUGCCAAGGUACGUUCCCGGGAAUUUCAAGUGGGGGACUAUGUCCUCCGUCGAAGGGAAGCAAGCCAGCCGACAGAGGGUGGCAAGCUAGCAUUGAAGUACGAAGGGCCCUACAUCGUCAGUGCCGUGGUCAAACCCGACACCUACAAGCUCAAACGUCCGAAUGGGUCCAAUGUACCACGAACGUGGAAUGUACACCAUCUGGUGAAGUUUGAUCAGUAAUCCGAAGGAGGUGCAGACGGCGAAGCCCUCACCCCUUAACGGGUUACUGAUUGAACGCCACCCUCGGCCUCGA